UCAGAGAUGUUCAAUAAUAAUUUUUAAAACAGCAUGGCAGUUUAAAAUAGCAUGAACCUUGUACCUUAAGCAUUUGACAGUGAUUGGGAAACCUCGCAACGUAUGCAGAAAUAUUCUGGAGAAGGAAUUGGAGAUUGACCUCAUUUAAUUAAGUCGCUUCUGGUUUACGUAUUUGAUGUAGGAUAAAGUUCACAUCACAAUCAUGGCUGUGUAGAAGCAGGAAGCGCAUGGUUUUGUGGUACAAAAAACGUUAGAAAGAAAUUAUUGUUUUUGUUGUUGGUUUUUAUGAAUUAUGUUUCUAUGUGAUUACGAAUGGAUUCUCUCUGCAAAAUUACAUCAUGGGGUUCAAGACUGUAAGCAAAAUCUGUCUUUGGUUGCAUUGUAGCCUGACCUGAGCAACAACGGAACGGCAGAAACAGCAGCAGUACUGGCGACAGAAGAAGUAAAAGAGGACUAUAACACAAAUGUAUUUUCGUUGUGGGAUAUAAACAUAUUGAAACGUAAUGCCGCACAGAAGUGUACUUGAAAAUUUAAAGUCAAGUAAGUGGAACUGAGCAGUAAAAAAAUAAAAUAAAAUAAAACAGCAUGACGUGGUUAAAAGACUUGGCAAACGCAUUAGAAAAAAAGAUGACGUGGUUUUUCUAAACUACAACAAAUGCAAUACUGACUUUUCUGUAACAUAUCCAAGUACCGUGCCUGCCUGGAGGAAAUUAAUCGUUAAGACGAUACGAAAUAAAUAAAUAAUGCCAAGACUGGAAGAAAUUGCAAAUGUCGCUCUGAGGGUCCCGAGCAUUCUGAUGCUGGACUUGCUCUACAAGUGUGACAUCGACAGUAUCACAGAGCAGCUUCGGUCCAAAAAUGAAGACAUGAUGUUUAAAUACAAAUAUGUUAUGUGGAACAUUUAUUACUUGGGUCAUCUCUUCAGUGUUGUUGUGCUGGUCUUGCCUCUGAGACACAUUGUGAAGCUGUAUCUUCACAUUCUCGCAGUCUUACUGCUCUACGUGGGACACCAGAUCUCCAGGGAUUAUGUGCAGGGUGAGAUUCAGCAUGGCUAUGAAAGAGCAGUGUAUCUGGACUCCCUGGCUUUCAACCGGUUUGUUACUGCCCUGACAAGUCAGAUCAUUCUGAGCACGCUCUGUGCCUUCUUGAUGAAGACCAGGCAGGUCUGGCUGUUCUCUGCUCAUCUGCUCCCCCUGGUGGCCAGGCUGUUUGCUGUGCCUCACACCAUGCUGCUCACAGUCAACACCUUUUCCAUGGUCCUCACUGCCGUCGAGGUGGCCGCUUUCCUGCUCUCAAACCUCUUUGUGCCCUACAAACUGGCCAGGUCUGCCUACAGGGAGGUUCUGCAGAUUGAGAUGACUGAGCUGUACCGGUUUCUGGCGGUGGGGAUUUCUCUGUGGAAUCAGUUUGCUGUUCCGACACUCUUAAGUGUUUUCUGGUUCAUUCUCUUCGUGGUUCAGAUCUACUCUUCUGCAACCGCCAGAAAUAACUUCCUCAGCCAGCAGGGAGUGCUCUAUGUUUUCCUUACCAGUGUGUCGAAGUGCUGCAGUACUCCAUAUUCAUUACUGGGUCUCACCUUCAUUGUUUCUUACCUGGCCUUGGGUUUGCUCAACCUCUGCAAGUUUUACCUGGGGGGCUACGCUGCUGUCCACAACGAAAACGUCAUGCACAGGGGGGUGACGGAGGGGGUGACCCUGCUGUUGCUGGCUCUCCAGACUGGACUGUUGGACAUGCAGGUCCUGCAGCGCACCUUCCUCCUUAGCAUCAUCCUGUUCAUUGUGGUUACCUCUAUGCUGCAGUCCAUGGUUGAGAUCACUGACCCCAUCAUCCUGGCUCUGGGAGCCUCACGGAACAGGAGUGUGUUGAAGCAUUUUCGAGGGGUGAGCAUGUGCCUGUUCCUGUUGGUGUUCCCUGGGUUCAUGGCCUAUAAGAUCUCCCAGUUCUUCCACAUGGAUUUCUGGCUCCUGAUCCUUGUCUCCAGCUGCAUGUUGACAUCACUACAGGUGAUGGGGACCCUGCUGAUCUACAUGCUGUUCAUGAUCGAGCUGGUCCGCAGUCACCCCAUCGAGAGCCUGGACGAGAUCAUCUACUACGUGAACGCAGUGAGCCGGGUGCUGGAGUUCCUGGUGGCGCUGUGCGUGGUGUGCUACGGCACUUGGGAGUCCCUCUUCGGGGAGUGGAGCUGGAUGGGCGCCUCCGUCAUCAUCAUCCACUCCUACUUCAACGUGUGGCUGCGCGCCCAGUCUGGCUGGAAGAGCUUCCUGCUGCGACAGGAAGCCGCCAAGAAGAUCCACUCGCUGCCCCGGGCAACCGCGCAGCAGCUGGAGCGGCACAGUGACGUGUGUGCUAUCUGCUUCCAGGAGAUGGAUUCGGCAGUAGUGACGUACUGCAGCCAUUUCUUCCACGCCAACUGCCUUCGGAAAUGGCUCUACGUCCAGGAGACCUGCCCCAUGUGUCACCAACAGGUGAAGCCCAGUGUGCGUCAACAAAACGGGAGUGCACAGGAGGGCCAAGCUCCUGCAGCUCACAGAGAAGAGGGCAGAAGAGUUUUCCAGGCAGGCGAGACUGGAACUCAAGACUCAGGCUUCAGGCCUGCACAUGGCGCAGAUGUUAGAAAUGAACCAGAUGAUUCUGAGGAUGACCAGGGCAACAGUUUGUCUGAAGGGGGUGAAGGAGAAAGUGAUGACAAUAUCACCUGUGAAGGGGACUCACUGGAUGGGGAAGAACAAACUUUAGCGUCUGGCCUUUGUUGUAGUGGAAAUGUUGUUGGCAACAUCGAUCCAGUCAUUCAAAAUAAUACGUUGGUAGACACAUCUCCCCUGACUGCUGAAGAGUCAGCUAUGAAUAUUAUGGAAAGUGAAACAGAUCAACAAAAGGAAGAAAACUUCAGAUAUACCAGUUCACAAGGUGUUGUUGACAUUUUAACAGAUCAAAGGUCAACUGUGGGACAUGUGAUGGCGGAGGCAGUUGUUUGCGGGGGAGAUGCUGAAACUUUAUCCCCAGGCUUAACGUUUCAGCCUACUGGGAGAUCAGGGGAUUUUACAGAUACACAGAAUAUUCAAGGGGAGUUGAGUCAUCAUGUAAAAGUACGGGUUAACGAUAAAUCUUGCUCCUUGUCUCAUUUGCUUGGAUCUAAUGAAGAAAGCCUUGUCGGGGACUACCACAGUGAAUCAGUGGAUAACGGUUUGCUGCUUGAAACAUUGGGUAAUGGUUUGAGUCCUCUUCUAAGCCACUCAGGUAUGCUGUUAAAUACGGUGACUGCCGAAGAUGCUGUGCUAGCUGGGGAAAUGGAUGAUCAGGAAUCCUUCAGGAACCACGCCUACAGCCCAUCUCCACAAGGACAGGAGCACAGCGUCUCAACAGUGACCCAAGUAGGGGACUUUAACGAAGAUGGUGCUGACUUAGAAAAUAUACGUGUUCAAGAAAAUCAUUUUUCAUAGCACAAAACUGUUGGUUUUUCAUGCCUUCUGUCAAACUAAAAAAUUGUUGCCUUUAUUUUCCUUGAACUGAAAAAUCUUUUACGUAAUUGUGUCAUUUUUACAUUUAACAAAGAACACAUAGAUGAAGACAUAGAUUUAGGAGUGAUCUUUUAAGGAAGCAAAUGUGUUAAACAGAACAAAUGUAUGUGGUUGUACUGUAUCUUUAGACAGCAGUUUGUCAGUACAGGCUACAAAGACAUUUAAAAUAGCACAAAAAUAAAUCCUUGAAUUGUGAAAUGAUUCUACUGAACAAGUUAGAUAACUUCAACUACAGAAUUGUUGGGAGGGGAAAGACAAUGCUCUUAAAUUGAAUAAAAAGGUAAUACAAUAUUAAUUACAAUUUUACAACUUGAGGUAAUUAAGAACACGAUUUAUUUGAUUCUAUGGGGGUUAUUGUGUUGAGAAACAAAUGUAAAAAAUGAUUGAUAAAGAAGUCACAGUAUCUUAGCUAAUCAUUAAGAAAUUAAAAAGAAACAUGUUGGGAAGAUAGUUAGCAGUUAAUAAACCAAAAGUUCCCUUUAAAUGAAAGUGUUGCCAUAUUUCUAGGAAACUUGGAAAUGUAAUAAUAAGUUAGUGUGGGCUUAAACUUGCACGUUCUUAGUUUUGUAUUCACUGUUUCCUUUCCACUUCAUAUUUUUUUCUAUCGCUUCAUGUGCUGAAAUCGUAAGUGUAGCCCUUCCUAGUGUUUUGUAUAUAGUACAGCUUUCUACAAAGAAAACAAAGAGGUAUCUCAACAUUGUUUAGUAGUGCUUCAUUCUGUAUUGCCGUUAAAUAUUUUCUUAAGACCACCCAACAUGAAAUAUAGAAUAUCAUGUAAUGAAAGACAGGUAUGGGAUGUAAGACCUAGAGUAAUUUGCAGUUCCUGUAUAAACUGAAUUCCUGCCAAAACAUCUAUAGUAAAGCUAACAUAUUUCUGAUGAUGGAACAACAUUGUUUUUGGCUGUUCUGUGUUUCUCUUUUUAUCCACUAGAUGGUACAGUAGCAUUGCCCUUUUACUGUAAACGCAAUUCAUUGCUCUCAAAUUUGGUUGAAAUUUAUACGAGUCUAAAUAAAACACGGAACGAUAGGGUAUUGCCCUUUAA